AGUGGAAUUUUGGAAUCAAAUGUAGCGAAGAGAAGUACAGUAGUAAGAGUAACAUUGUAGCCGCCGCCGGUGAAGGGGGCGCGCCGGAGACGGGACGUCGCACCCCCCUUCUGCCACAGGGACCCCUGAUCAAAUCCCCAGAGGGAAGAGGCGCCCGAGGACCCGCCCCGGCCCCGUCCACGUUCCCUCCAGGAAGCCGGACUCUAUGGGGCGGGACCCUGGGGGAGACUGAGCAGAACCUGGAGCCAGCCCCGAACCCCUGAACCUACAGCCAGGGGCGCCCCGGGAGCACCCACCCGUGGGCGCGCCACCCGCCCGCCAAGCAGCCAUGAGUGAGACGGUUAUCUGCUCCAGCUGGGCCACUGUGAUGCUCUAUGAUGACAGCAACAAGCGAUGGGUACCUGCCGGCACGGGCCCCCAGGCCUUCAGCCGUGUACAGAUCUACCACAACCCCACGGCCAAUUCCUUCCGUGUAGUGGGCUGGAAGAUGCAGCCAGAACAGCAGGUGGUCAUCAACUGUGCCAUUGUCCGGGGUAUCAAGUACAACCAGGCCACCCCCAGCUUCCACCAGUGGCGCGACGCCCGCCAGGUCUGGGGCCUCAACUUCGGGAGCAAAGAGGACGCAGCGCAGUUUGCUGCUGGCAUGGCCAGCGCCCUAGAGGCACUGGAAGGAGGUGGGCCUCCGCCCCCGGCUCCGCCCCCAGCAGCACCUCCGACCUGGUCUGCCCAGAACGGUCCCUCUCCAGAGGAGGUGGAGCAGCAGAAAAGGCAGCAGCCGAGCCAGCCGGAGCAUAUGGAGCGUGAGCGCCGCGUCUCCAAUGCAGGGGGCCCACCUGCUCCCCCAGGGGGGGGACCACCGCCACCUCCAGGACCUCCCCCUCCUCCCGGUCCACCCCCUCCCCCUGGUCUGCCCCCCUCAGGGGUCUCAGCUGCAGGGCACGGAGCAGGGGGACCCCCACCCCCUGCACCACCUCUCCCCACAGCACAAGGCCCCAGUGGUGGAGGGGCUGGGGCCCCUGGCCUAGCUGCAGCCAUUGCCGGGGCCAAACUCAGGAAAGUCAGCAAGCAGGAGGAAGCCUCAGGGCCCCCCCCUGCCCCCAAAACCGAGAGCAGUAGAAGCACAGGUGGGGGGCUCAUGGAAGAGAUGAAUGCCAUGCUGGCCCGGAGAAGGAAAGCCACACAGGUUGGAGAGAAACCCUCCAAGGAUGAAUCUGCCAAUGAGGAGCCAGAGGCCCGAGUCCCAGCCCCUAGUGGUGAAUCUGUGCGGAGACCCUGGGAGAAGAACAGCACAACAUUGCCAAGGAUGAAGUCGUCUUCUUCAGUGACCACUUCCGAUGCCCACCCCUCUACAACCAGCUCCAGUGAGGAGUCAGACUUGGAGAGAGUGAAGCAGGAGCUUCUGGAAGAGGUGAGGAAGGAAUUGCAGAAAAUGAAAGAGGAAAUAAUUGAAGCCUUUGUCCAGGAGCUGAGGAAACGGGGUUCCCCCUGACCAUAGGGCCCAGAAGAUCCCAUUUUCCUUUCCAGCACACCCUGCCUGUUACCUUGCUUUCCUUGCCUCACUCGAUUUGGAAUUGGCCCAAGACUACACAGGAAUGCGUCUUACCCACUCCCCAACCCACUUGGAAAGCUCCAAGGGGGUGUGGCUUCUCUGGCACCAUGCCCACACCCAUACUGACUGCUGAUUGGCUGGGGAGGCCCCCACCCUUCGCUCCCUUUGGUCCUUCCCCUCUGCCAUCCCCUUGGGGCUGGUUCCUCUGCUGGGGAUGUACCAAUUAACCCCACAGGAAGGGGGAAGGAAGGAGGGAAUUUCACAUUCCCUUGUUCUAGAUUCACUUUAAACGCUUAAUGCCUUCGA